ACUAGUGGUAAAUUGUAGUGAGUAGUGAUCUUUUGCUGAAGUUGUUAUUAUAAAUAAACUCGGAUUAGGGAUGCUACACAAACGUUUAGUUUAAUCAAUUAAUGUGUUUGUGAGACUAAGUCUAUUAAUCAUGAUGAAAUCUACCUACAUAUAUUGUUUAUAUUUUACUUCUGAGUAAAGUGACCCUUAUUAGAGUGAUUUACAAUAUUUUCGGAUAAUCUCAUCAUUAUGGAUAUCUACAGUGAAAAUUGCAGUCCUUACAAGAAUUCUUGAGGUUUCUGAGAAUUUUUAAAGAUAUUUUAAAGUAUUCAAAGUAGAUAACCAAAUCUUUUCCUAUAAUUGGUGAAAUAACUUUAAUUUCCGGCGAUCCUGUGAAGUCCCAUUCUUUUAGCAAGCUGAAUAUUUUGACCAACAUAUACCCAUGACUUUAAAGUUUUUAAGAUACUUCUUGCCUUUGAUUUUAUUGAAACUAUCACCUACAAUGGAUUCCUUCUUUAACAUGAGAAUGUCAUUAUCAUUUCCAAGUUUAUACGUAUAAGUUGUGAUUGAAAUACAAGAUUGACAUAUUGUGGACGUAAGGAAGCCGAUGGGACCAUAGUUGAAAACAAUGCCCCAAUUAAAACCACAUUAUCAGUAUCGGUUUGCCUACUUGAAUGACUUCGAAUUUAUUGUGUUUUAUCAAGCGUAUGUGUGAAGUGAAACCGCAAAAUAUACAAAUAAUUAUCACUUUUGUAUUCUAUAAUAUUAAAAAUGUUAAUGCAACGGUGGACCCUUCCAUUGUAGAAUAAAAUUGAUAAAGACAGUUUAAUUUAUUUUCGUGAAUGAGACAGUGACUCAUGUGUGGACAUCGCUCCUUGAAUUUCAAUCGUUUUUGCCUGCUCUCGAAAGUAUUUAUAAAGGAAUUUAGAAUAAGGAGCCAUAUAGAAGUUUAGUUUCAUACUAAAAUUGGAAAUGCAUUUUAAGGACGAUAUAUCAAGCGGAAAUAAAAGGCUGUAUAAGUAGGUCUAGCCGCUGGAAGGUUAACUGGAAACAAUAACCCCUUGAAACCAUCGAGCUAUGCCCCAAAACAAAGGGCAGGACCGUCUAUGUAGGCCGUUGUUGUUGUCGUCGUCGGUAUUAACCCCAUUUUAGUGUUCACAAGGUCGUCGUUCACUUUGUGGGCACUAGUGCGGGUGGGCCAGGGACAACACGAAACAAUUGACGUCUUGAAGGAAAAAUGACGAAUGAUGAAGAGAAUAGAAAACUGACGGAAAACUCAGACGUUGGUAAUAACACCUGGCAUUCGAACGCUAACAAUUGCAAAAACGAUGAUGGCCGUGACGAUAACGGCGACGAGGGUGAUACUGACACGCCUCCACCUAAAGAGAAUGAUCCGCUUCACCCGAAAAAGUUGGUUAACUCCAACAACGAGCGGGUCCUUAUUGUGUCGCUUACGCCGGAAAGACGCCGCGAGACAUGGGGCCAGAAAGCGGAAUUCCUUCUGGCCGUGGUAGGAUUCGCUGUUGACUUGGGCAACGUUUGGAGGUUUCCUUAUAUUUGUUAUCAAAAUGGUGGCGGAGCAUUCCUCAUACCGUACUGUGUGAUGUUGCUGUUGGGCGGAUUACCACUUUUUUACAUGGAGCUAGCACUCGGUCAGUUCCAUCGAUGCGGCUGUUUGAGUAUUUGGAAGCGAAUAUGCCCAGCACUGAAAGGCGUCGGCUAUGCUAUCUGCUUGAUUGACAUCUACAUGGGGAUGUACUAUAACACGAUUAUCGGUUGGGCAGUUUACUAUUUAUUUGCAUCGUUUAGCUACACGUUGCCCUGGACUUCCUGUGAGAACCCGUGGAAUACCAAUAGUUGUAGGCCCGUCACCGAUCACAACUUUACGAACAGCACUAGUCCUGCACGAGAAUUUUUUGAGCGAAAUGUCCUCGAGCAACAUAAAUCGGACGGGCUCAAUUACAUGGGACCAGUGAAACCUACGUUGGCGCUGUGCGUCUUUGGGGUAUUCGUCCUUGUUUACUUCUCAUUGUGGAAAGGAGUACGAAGUGCCGGCAAAGUUGUUUGGGUAACAGCUUUAGCACCUUAUGUUGUUUUGAUAAUUCUCCUGAUCCGGGGCGUAUCGCUGCCGGGUGCCGACGAGGGUAUUAGAUACUACUUAACACCAGAAUGGCAUAAAUUGAAAAAUUCAAAGGUGUGGAUAGAUGCCGCAUCACAGAUAUUCUUCUCGUUGGGCCCAGGUUUCGGGACACUUUUAGCACUAUCCAGUUAUAAUAAGUUUAAUAAUAAUUGCUAUCGCGAUGCAUUGGUCACAAGUAGUAUUAAUUGUUUAACGAGUUUUCUUGCGGGUUUUGUUAUAUUUUCGGUUCUUGGGUACAUGGCCCACAUGCAACAGAAGUCGAUAGACCAGGUUGGCCUGGAAGGUCCUGGUCUGGUGUUCAUUGUUUAUCCAGAAGCAAUAGCAACAAUGCAAGGAUCAGUUUUUUGGUCCAUAAUAUUCUUCUUAAUGUUGAUAACUUUGGGUUUGGAUAGUACUUUUGGCGGACUGGAAGCGAUGAUAACCGCGCUCUGUGAUGAAUAUCCCCGUGCAAUCGGACGACGGAGGGAGAUAUUUGUGUUAUUCCUUUUGGCCGGAAUAUACUUAUGUGCUUUGCCAACAAUGACCUAUGGUGGUGUUUAUCUGGUCAACUUUUUAAAUGUCUACGGUCCCGGGUUGGCUAUUCUGUUCGUAGUCUUCGUUGAAGCUGCCGGCGUCUUUUGGUUUUAUGGAGUCGACAACUUCUCAGCCGACGUCGAGCAGAUGCUGGGCAAGAAGCCAGGACUAUUUUGGAGAAUUUGUUGGACGUACAUAAGUCCUAUAUUUUUGCUGUUCAUUUUCGUGUUCUCGAUUUUGGGAUAUGAGGACAUGCUGGGCGAAGAGUAUAAAUAUCCUGAAUGGAGUACUGCGGCUGGAUGGGCACUGACUGCGUCUUCAAUACUUUGCAUCCCUAUUUAUAUGUUGCAUAGGUUCCUAGUGAAUGGAGGAUCAAUCAGCAAUCGACUCCGGUUAACAUUUCGUCCGGAAAUUUCAUUACCAACUGCUGUUCCCGGUCAAAUCUACGGAGGCACCGCAGUCUGACAUGAUAACAACAAUUGCAGCAAAACACUUUCACCAACAACAACCACAACUCAAAUGUGCUUUAAUCCUCAAAGAAAUCGCUUUCCCGAUGAUGGUCUAAUCAAGUCCUGUAAGCCAUUGUCGUUUUCGUUUGCUAGUGAGUGGCUCGUUUAGGGAAUUUUUUUAUUUCUUAUUGAAUAGCAUAAAUUGGAAGAUAGUGAUAUAUAAGUAUAUACUAUUGGAAUUUGGAAGGUAAGGGAAGCUAGGUCUAUGAUAGGAAGAAGUUUACAAGUUCAGAUAAUUAUGGACUACCUGGGCUAGCUUUAAGGCCAAUUAGUUUAAUAAGACAAAUUAAAUCAAUUGCACGAUUUGAUGCAUUUGUUGUACUCUAUUGGAUUAUUGCUGAAUUUCCAUGGAAUUGUUCGUAGUCGUUGAAUAUUGAAACUUAUGGUUUUUGGAAUGUAAAUACAAUCACAAAAUUCAGCCAUUUGUGAUAGUGUUUAUUGGAAAUGUACUAAAAUUGUUAGCUAUAAGGAGCAGCAAACCCAGUAACUACUUUUUUAAGUACAAAGCAAACAUGAUCGAAUAACAAAUCUAUUUUUACUUCUUUAUGCUCGAAACUUUUCAUUGUAAUGUUUAAUUAUUUGAAAAUGUAAAAAUCAGAACCAAACAUUUAUGUAAUAAGCUUAAGAGUCAAAAUAUUAACUAUAGUAUUUUAUACGGACAAUAUUUUUCUCUGUAGAACGUGUUAAAAGAGAUUUAAAUGUAUUUAUUCAUGUUUAAGUUUUGGAAUUCUGUUUUCAAAAUGCCCUGUACAAUGUGAUUUUUUGGAAUAUUUUACAAAACGGAGGAACGAGAUUGUAAGCAGCCAUUUAUAACCUCGUUAAAUCUCAUAUAGUAGUGUUAGGAAUUGAUAUGUGGCGUGGAAUGAUCCGGCAAACAGCCAUUUGUUGGAUCAUUUAUGAAAGACUUGUUGUAAUAAAUGUUAUGUUUAUU